AUGGCUUCAACAAUCAUGUCAUUCACUCCAUCAACCACUAGAUUGUUUGCAACAACUGCAGCAAAGGGAACAGGUGGUGGUAGUAGUAGCAAACAAGAGAAAGGUUUUCUGGAUUGGAUUCUUGGAGGAAUGCAGAAGGAAGACCAGUUGCUAGAGACUGAUCCUAUUCUCAAGAAGGUGGAAGAGAAGAGUGCAGGAACCACUAGCAAUGGUCGCAAGAACACUGUGGCCGUGCCACAAAAGAAAAAGGGUGGUGGUUUUGGAGGCUUGUUUGCCAAGAACUGA